UUGAAAACUGAACAGAUUUUCCACACUCUUUCCCAAUAGGGCGUUCUACCACAGAGUUGAAAAUGCUAGAUAGAUGCCACUAGUCGAAACUCAUGACCGCUUUGGCUCUUCCCGGAACUUCAGUGAUGCGACUAUGUGAACGUCACUUCCGGCGAAGGGGUGGCGGGCAAUUCUAAACGGCAAAGCGAAGCUAGAGGAGGAGAGCUUGGAGAUGAUUAUGGCGGGAGGGGGAGAGGGCGGCGGCCGUGGGCCCGUUCGUUGUCGUCUAAGGCGGGCUCGGUCUGCUGGAGACGCGGGGGCAGAUGCUGUUUGCUCUCCUCCAAGGCGCAGAUCUGAAAGGAACAUGGCAUCCACUGCUCAGCCUGUGUCCCAAGGGAAACCUCGGUUGGUGGCAAGCAAGAUGAUGAGCAGCCCAGUUCCAGUACCAUUUGCAACAAGGCCAAUAACUCUGAAAAAGAUUGUGCCACGCAGUCGGCAGAUAAAAGAGUCCACCGUAACCCCCAGGCGCAGUCCUCGGGUCUCCUUUAAAGAAGACAAGGAGAACCUCCUUGGGGGAAAUGACAAGGGCAAAAGCCCAGGAAAAGGUGAUACCAAAGCCAAGUUGGCACCUUCUCCACCAAGCUGUCCUUUGAGCUCUGGGACAGGGAGCCUGCUAGGAGGAGCAGAUGUGCUGUCUCCAAUUAACACCAAUGCACAGGAGUCCCCACCUGAGGAUCAGCAGGACAUGGCCAUGGCCAAGAGGGUGCGUCGGUCCUAUAGCCGCCUGGAGGUCUCCUUCAACCACAGCUUCGUGAGAGGCAGGGAGUCCCCUGUCUCUGGCUUCUCAGACACCUCCACGCCUAACCACGGCCUGAGCAAGCGACACACGCUUUUUGGUUUCGACAAGCUGCUGGUUCCAGAAGGUUCCGACGACGUGCCUCCUGAGGACACGAGGACCAGCCCCAAGUUGGCAUCGACACUGCUGGGAUCCAGCGUCUCCAAGGAGCCUGAUACAGACAUCCCAGGCAUUUCGUUUAUGAAGGAGAAACGGAAGAAGAAGAAGGUGCCGCAGUUCAAAAAGACGGAGCUGGAUGAAUGGGCUGCCCAGAUGAAUGCAGAGUUUGACGAAGCAGAGAGGUUUGACCUUCUUGUGGAAUAAAGAUGCCGCUUCCCCUGGAACUUGAUGCGUGGGGUCACCUGAAUGCUUUGUACAUAUGGAUCCAGGACCUACCAGGAUGGACUCUGCCUGAUCUCAAAAGCAUGAUGCGCCUUUGCUUUUAGAAGGACUUGGUGGCUGGCAUGUAGAUGCUCUUUGUAGAUGGUUGUAAAACAUCAGAAAGUCACACGGGCCCAGCUUUGUCGUGUUUGGAUUUCUCUUGAGUUGUGACAGAGGUCAUAACUGUAGUGCUCGGGUGGGGGGCGGGGAGGUGGCUACAUUUUGGUAUAAUAUUUUCUGAAACAAUUUGUGCGCUUGGAACUAAUGACACUGUCAAUGUCUAUAUUUCUGCCCAGAAUUAAUGUCAAAUGGCACAUCUGGAUGGGGCCUCUCCUGUUUCCCUGUUGGGGAUCGCAGUUUCGGGAGGGGUGGUUUAUGUGUUGUUCUCCUCACCCGCUAGCCAAGCUCCAGGUGAAAAUCAAAGUUCCCCAUGGCUGCUCUUUAACAUUAAAGUCCAUUUAG